AUGGGCCUCCUGUCAGCAGGCAGCCCCUCUCUGUCUUGGCUACCCCCCUUUGCCUUGCUUCUGCUGCUGCCUCUCCAUGUCUCCGCUGAGCCCCGACGGAUCUUCCAGGUGCUGGAGGAGCAGCCACCGGGCACCUGGGUGGGCACCAUCGUCACCCGCCCGGGCUUCACCUACCGCCUAAGUGAGCACCAUGCCCUUUUCUCCAUCAAUGCCACCUCGGGGGCGCUGCACACCCGUGCCACCAUCGACCGAGAGAGUCUGGCCAGUGACGUGAUGGACCUGGUGGUGCUCUCCAGCCAGCCCACCUAUCCUAGUGAGGUGCGUGUCCUGGUGCUGGACCUGAAUGACAAUGCACCUGUCUUCCCAGAUCCCUCCAUUGUGGUGACUUUCAAGGAGGACACAGGCAGCGGCCGCCAGCUUAUUCUGGAUACAGCCACUGAUGCUGACAGUGGCACCAAUGGUGUGGACCACAGCUCCUACCGCAUUGUGUCUGGCAAUGAGGAAGGGCGCUUCCAGCUCAACAUCACCCUCAAUCCCAGUGGGGAAGGUGCCUUCCUGCACCUGGUCUCUCGGGGUGGGCUAGACCGAGAGGCCACCCCCACCUACCAACUGCUGGUGCAAGUGGAGGACAAGGGAGAGCCACGGCGGCAUGGAUAUCUGCAGGUUAAUGUCACUGUGCAGGAUAUCAACGACAACCCACCCAUCUUCAGCCAAGCUCUCUACCAGGCCCGGGUGCCUGAGGAUGCGCCAAUUGGGGCCAGUGUCCUUCAGGUGGCAGCAGCUGAUGCUGAUGAAGGUACCAAUGCUGACAUCCACUACCGUUUGGAGGGGACGGAGGGUGGUGGUGGGGAGGGGGCUGGGGGAAUCCCAUUUGAGGUGGAUCCGGAGAGUGGGGUGAUCCGUAUCCGGGAGCCUCUGGACUAUGAGACAAGGCGGCAAUACUCACUGACAGUGCAGGCCACAGAUCGAGGGGUGCCGGCGCUGAGUGGCCGAGCUGAGGCACUGAUCCAACUCCUUGAUGUGAAUGACAAUGAGCCACGGGUGAAAUUCCGCUACUUCCCAGCCACCUCCCGUUUUGCAUCAGUGGAUGAGAAUGCGGCACCUGGCACAGUGGUGGCACUGUUAACUGUGAGCGAUGCUGACUCGCCUGCUGCCAACGGAAACAUCUCAGUGUCAAUCCUUGGAGGAAACGAGCAGCGUCAUUUUGAGGUGCAGAGCAGUAAGGUGCCAAAUCUUAGUCUCAUCAAGGUAGCGGCGGCACUGGACCGGGAACGCAUUCCUACGUACAACCUCACUGUGGCUGUGGCUGACAACUACGGGGCCCCCCCGCCACCAUCUGGCUCCCCCACUUCCUCUGUACCUCCAGAAGGGGCAGUUGCUGCUCCCGUGAGCCGCUCUUCGGUGGCCAGCCUGGUGAUUUUUGUGAAUGACAUCAAUGACCACCCACCUGUCUUUGGACAGUCUGUGUAUCGGGUCAAUAUCAGUGAGGAAGUACCACCGGGCAGCUAUGUGAGGGGUCUGAGUGCCACCGAUCGUGACUCCGGUCUCAAUGCCAACCUCAAAUACAGCAUUGUCUCUGGCAAUGAGCUGGGCUGGUUCUGCAUCAGUGAGCAUAGCGGCCUGGUCACCACCACUGGCAUUGCUGGCUCCAGAACCAGUGUCCCGGGUAUUGGCAUGGCGUCCUCUGGUGGGCUGGACCGAGAGACAGCCUUACAGGUGGUGCUGAACAUCAGUGCCCGUGACCAAGGGGUGCAGCCCAAGUUUUCCUAUGCCCAGCUGGUGGUGGCCAUCCUGGACGUCAAUGACCAGAGACCUCUCUUCAGUCAGCCGGAUGGCUACCAGGUGUCCCUGGCUGAGAAUUCCCCUUCAGGAACUGAGUUGCUGGUCUUGAGUGCCACCGAUGGGGAUUUGGGGGACAAUGGGACAGUACGCUUCUCCCUGCAGGAGGCUGAGCCAUCAGUGACAGCAGUUGGCCCUUUGGUGGCCCCUCGCCGGGUCUUCCGCUUGGAUCCUGUGUCAGGCAAGCUCAGUACCAUCUCGCAGUUGGACAGGGAAGAACAGGGCCAUUACUCCCUGCAGGUCCUGGCCACCGACCUGGGCUCUCCUCCUCUCUCCUCGGUAGCCCGGGUCAAUGUGAGCCUGCUGGAUGUGAAUGAUAACAGCCCUGUGUUUUACCCGGUCCAGUAUUUUGCGCACAUCCAGGAGAAUGAGCCCGCAGGCAGCUAUGUUACUACCAUUUCUGCCAGUGACCCAGACCUGGGGCCCAAUGGGACAAUCAAGUACAGUAUCUCAGCUGGAGAUAACUCCAGGUUUCAGAUCCAUGGCCAGACAGGGGUAAUCACCACAAAAAUAGCCCUGGAUAGGGAGGAAAAGACUGCCUACCAGCUGCAAAUAGUGGCCACUGAUGGUGGCAACCUCCAGUCCCAAAACCAGGCCAUAGUUACUAUCACUGUUUUGGACACUCAGGACAACCCCCCAGUUUUCAACCAAGGUGUGUACAGCUUUGUUGUCUUUGAAAACGUUGCCUUGGGCUAUCAUGUUGGCACCGUUUUUGCUUCUACAAUGGAUCUCAACACGAACAUUACUUACCUUAUUACAACAGGUGACCAAAGGGGCGUGUUUGCCAUCAACAAAGUGACAGGCCAGAUCACUACAGCCAGUAUCAUUGAUCGGGAAGAGCAAGCAUUUUACCAGCUAAAAGUGGUGGCUAGUGGUGGGGCAAUAACUGGAGAUACCAUGGUCAAUAUAACUGUGAAAGAUUUAAAUGACAAUUCCCCUCAUUUUCUUCAUGCAGUGGAAAGUGUUAAUGUGGUUGAGAACUGGAAAGCUGGGCACACCAUAUUCCAAGCCAAAGCUGUUGACCCUGAUGAAGAUGUCAAUGGCAUGGUCAUUUACAGCCUUAAGCAGAAUCCUAAGGGCCUGUUUACUAUCAAUGAACAAAAUGGUGCCAUAAGUUUAAUAGGGCCACUUGACAUAAAUGCUGGAUCUUACCAGGUGGAAAUUUUGGCCUCAGAUAUGGGAGUUCCACAGCGUUCUUCUAGUUUCAUUCUAACUGUAUCCGUCCAUGAUGUAAAUGAUAACCCACCAGUAUUUGACCAACUUUCCUAUGAAGUCACUAUUUCAGAGUCCGAGCCUGUGAAUUCCAGAUUCUUUAAAGUGCAAGCUUCUGACAAGGAUUCAGGAGCAAACGGAGAAAUAGCUUAUAGUAUAAUUGAAGGAAAUUCCGGGGAUGCCUUUGGCAUAUUCCCAGAUGGCCAGCUGUAUAUAAAGAGUGAAUUGGACCGUGAACUUCAAGAAAGAUAUAUUCUCCUGGUUGUUGCUUCUGAUAGAGCAGUGGAACCACUUAGUGCUACUGUGAAUGUUACAAUAAUUUUAGAGGAUGUAAAUGAUAAUAGACCAUUGUUUAACAGUACCAAUUAUGUAUUUUAUUUUGAAGAGGAACAGAAUGGUGGAUCAUCUGUAGGUAAAAUAAGUGCUGUAGAUAAAGACUUUGGACAAAAUGGUGAAGUCAGGUAUUCAUUUGAAAAUAUGCAGCCAGAUUUUGAAUUGAACACAAUAACUGGGGAAAUAACAAGUACUCAUCAGUUUGACAGGGAAACUCUUAUGAGGCAAAGGGGAGCAGCAGUAUUUAGUCUUACAGUAAUAGCAACAGAUCAAGGGUUGCCAAAACCUUUAAAGGAUCAGGCAACUGUUCAAAUUUACAUGAAGGAUAUCAAUGAUAAUGCACCCAAAUUUUUAAAAGAUCUCUAUCAAGCUACAAUAUCAGAAUUAGCAGCAAACAUAACACAAGUUUUAAGAGUUUCUGCCUCAGAUGUCGAUGAAGGUAGUAAUGGAUUGAUUCACUAUUCUGUAAUUAAAGGAAAUGAAGAAAACCAGUUUACAAUUGACAGUGGCACUGGUCAAGUAACAUUAAUAGGUAAACUGGACCAUGAAGCUACUGCAUCUUAUUCACUUAUUAUCCAAGCAGUAGAUUCUGGGACAGUUUCCCUAAGCUCAACUUGCACAUUAAGCAUUGAUGUACUGGAUGAAAAUGACAACAGUCCUUCCUUCCCUAAAUCUACUUUGCUUGUAGAUGUCUUAGAAAAUAUGAGACUAGGUGAACUUGUAUCUUCUGUCACUGCCACUGAUUCUGAUUCAGGUGACAAUGCUGACCUUCAUUACAGUAUUACAGGGACAAAUAACCAUGGAACCUUUAGCAUCAGUCCCAACACUGGCAGUAUUUUUCUUGCAAAAAAAUUGGACUUUGAAACACAAUCUUUGUAUAAACUAAACAUAACAGCAAAAGACCAAGGAAGGCCACCUCGGUCAUCUACAAUGUCAGUGGUAAUACAUGUUAGGGAUUUUAAUGACAACCCUCCUAAUUUUCCUCCUGGGGAUGUUUUUAAAUCUAUUGUUGAGAACAUUCCUGUUGGUAGUUCUGUGAUUUCUGUGACUGCUCAUGAUCCGGAUGCAGAUAUUAAUGGACAGCUAACAUAUGCAAUCAUUCAACAGAUGCCAAGAGGCAACCAUUUUAGUAUAGAUGAAGUCAGAGGGACAAUAUUUACUAAUGCUGAAAUAGAUCGUGAAUUUGCUAAUCUCUUUGAAUUAACAGUGAAAGCCACUGAUCAAGCUGUCCCUGUAGAAUCCAGACGAUUUGCAUUGAAGAAUGUAACCAUUUUAGUAACAGAUCAAAAUGAUAAUGUUCCUACAUUUAUAUCACAAAACGCUCUUGCUGCAGACCCAUCAGUGGUGAUUGGUUCAGUCCUAACUACAAUUGUUGCAGCUGAUCCUGAUGAAGGAAGAAAUGGGGAAGUUGAGUAUGAAAUAAUCAAUGGGGACACUGAAACCUUUAUUGUGGAUCGUUACAGUGGAGAUCUAAGAGUGGCGGCAGCUUUGGUGCCUUCUCAGCUCAUAUACAACCUCAUAGUUUCAGCCACAGAUCUUGGCCCUGAAAGGAGGAAAUCAACCACUGAAAUGACUGUCAUUCUGCAAGGGCUUGAUGGACCAGUGUUUACUCAGCCAAAAUAUAUAACUAUUUUAAAAGAAGGAGAGCCAAUUGGGACUAAUGUAAUAUCCAUAGAAGCAGCUAGUCCAAGGGGUUCUGAAGCCCUGGUGGAGUAUUACAUAGUUUCAGUGCGCUGUGAAGACAAAAGUUUUGGACGUCUCUUUACCAUUGGGCGCCAUACUGGUGUAAUCCAGACUGCUGCCAUUUUGGACAGGGAGCAAGGAGUACGUUUGUACCUGGUGGACGUUUAUGCCAUUGAAAAAUCAGCUGUUUUGCCUCAAACACAGCGAGCAGAGGUGGAAAUAACACUUCAGGAUAUCAAUGACAACCCACCAGUAUUCCCAACAGACAUGCUUGAUCUAACUGUAGAAGAGAAUAUAGGAGAUGGAUCUAAAAUAAUGCAGCUGACAGCCAUGGAUGCUGAUGAGGGAGCUAAUGCUCUUGUCACUUACACUAUCAUCAGUGGUGCUGAAGACAGCUUCCACAUUGACCCAGAGUCAGGAGAUCUAGUAGCCACCAAACGUUUGGAUAGGGAACGUCGCUCCAAGUAUUCCCUGCUGGUUCGUGCUGAUGACGGUCUACAGUCCUCAGACAUGAGAAUAAACAUUACUAUUAGUGAUGUUAAUGAUCACAUACCAAAAUUCUCUAAACCUGUGUAUUCGUUUGAUGUACCAGAGGAUACUACCCCAGGUUCUUUGGUAGCAGCCAUUUUAGCUACUGAUGAUGACUCUGGUGUAAAUGGAGAAAUCACAUACACUGUGAGUGAAGAUGAUGAAGAUGGUAUGUUCUUCUUGAAUCCAGUCACUGGAGUCUUUAACCUGACUCGCAUAUUGGACUAUGAAGUGCAGCAAUAUUACAUUCUUACUGUCCGUGCAGGAGAUGGUGGUGGUCAGUUCACUACCAUCAGAGUUUACUUCAACAUACUAGAUGUAAAUGAUAAUCCGCCACUAUUCAGCAUGCCCUCAUACAGCACGUCCUUGAUGGAAAAUCUGCCUCCAGGAUCUACUAUUCUCAACUUUAAUGUUACUGAUGCAGAUGAUGGCUCUAACUCACAAUUGUCCUACAGUAUCACAUCAGGAGACAGCCUAAGUCAAUUUAAUAUUGACAAGAAAGGAGUCCUGAGCAUCAAGCAGCCUUUGGAUCGGGAAAGUCAGUCCUUCUAUAGCUUUGUUGUUCAGGUUCAUGACAUGGCUACUCUACCAGCCUCCAGAUACACAAGCACAACUCAAGUGUCUAUUAUUCUACUGGAUGUGAAUGACAAUCCUCCAAGCUUUAUCUCUCCAAAGCUGACCUACAUCCCAGAAAAUACACCCAUAGACACCAUUGUGUUUAGAGCUCAAGCAACUGACCCGGACAGUGGUCCUAACAGCUAUAUUGAAUAUACUCUGCUGAGGCCUUUGGGAAACAAAUUCAGUAUUGGCACUAUUGAUGGUGAAGUAAGGCUCAUUGGGGAACUUGACAGAGAAGCAAUUGCUAAUUAUACCUUGACUGUGGUAGCUACAGACAAAGGUCAGCCAUGCCUUUCUUCAUCUACAGAUGUAGUUGUAGUAGUCCUUGAUAUCAAUGAUAACAACCCCCUGUUUGCACAAAAGCUAUAUAAAGUAGAGGUGGGUGAAAAUACUCUGACAGGAACAGAUCUGAUCCAGGUGUUUGCUACAGAUGGAGAUGAAGGUACAAAUGGGCAGGUUCGCUAUUCCAUAAUCAGUGGAAACACCAAUAAUGAGUUUCGGAUCGACUCUGUUACUGGGGUGAUAACAGUAGCCAAGCCUUUGGACCGAGAGAAAAAGCCCUCCUACUCAUUAACUGUUCAGUCAUCUGAUCGUGGAAGUAGCCCCAGGACAGACACCACCACAGUCAGUAUUGUUCUGAUGGAUGUUAAUGAUUUUAUUCCUACAUUUGAGCUUUCUCCAUAUUCUGUGAAUGUCCCUGAGAAUUUAGGGACACUUCCAAAAGUUAUUCUUCAGGUUAUAGCAAGGGAUGAUGAUCAAGGUCUAAAUGGCAAACUUACAUACCUUCUUCUUGGUGGAAAUGAAGACGGUGCCUUUACUCUCUCAGCCAGUGGAGAGCUCCACUUGGUACAAACCCUGGAUCGAGAGACUAAGGAACAGUACAUUUUACUGAUCACAGCUGCUGAUUCAGGAUCUCCUGCCCUUACUGGCACUGGAACUAUUGCUGUCACAGUGGAUGAUGUCAAUGACAAUGUUCCUACAUUUGCCUUUAAGAUGUAUUCCACCACCAUUCCAGAGGAUGCACCUACAGGGACGGAUAUUUUGCUAGUAAACUCUUCAGAUGCUGAUGCUUCAAUUAAUGCAGUUAUCAGCUAUAGUCUUAUUGGUGGUAAUUCACAAUUCACAAUCAACCCAUCAACAGGACAGAUCAUCACCAGUGCAUUACUAGAUAGAGAGACUAAGGAGAACUACACCUUAGUAGUUGUGGCCUGCGAUGGUGGCUUUCCCAAAGCCCUUUCCACUUCUACCAGUGUCCUUGUCACUGUUGCCGAUGUGAAUGACAAUCCUCCCAAAUUUCAACACCACCCUUAUGUCACCCAUAUUCCAUCACCUACAACUUCAGGUUCGUUUGUGUUUGCUGUGACAGUCACUGAUGCUGAUUCUGGGCCCAAUGCUGAGCUUCAUUAUUCCCUCAUGGGAAAGAACUCUGAAAAAUUCCACAUUGACCCAACGAGGGGGGCAAUUAUGGCUGCUGACCCACUGACAGGGGCUUCUGAAGUGACUUUUUCCAUUCACGUAAAAGAUGGUGGCCUGUAUCCAAAAACAGACUCUACAACGGUAACUGUGAGAUUUGCGAACAAAGCAGACUUCCCUCAAGUUCGAGCUGAGCAACAGACAUUCAUAUUUCCUGAAAAUCAAGCAAUUGGCACCCUUGUCACCACUGUUUCUGGGUCUUCAUCCAGGGGGGGUUCCUUGUCAUACUACAUUGCUAGCGGUAACCUUGGCAAUACCUUCCAAAUUGACCAACUAACAGGACAGUUCUCCAUCAGCCAACCUUUGGAUUUUGAAGAAAUACAGAAAUAUGUGGUUUGGAUUGAGGCCAGAGAUACGGGCUUUCCUCCUUUCUCCUCUUAUGAGAAAUUAGAAGUAACAGUGGUAGAUGUCAAUGAUAAUGCACCAGAGUUUGAGCGAGAUCCAUUUAUUGCUGAAAUAAUGGAGAACCUUUCACCACGUAAAAUUCUGACUCUCACUGCUGUGGACAAGGACAGUGGCCCAAAUGGACAGCUGAACUAUGAAAUAAUUGAUGGCAAUAAAGAAAAUAGUUUCAGUAUUAGUCGAGCCACGGGUGAAAUUAGAAGUGUCAGACCUUUGGACAGGGAAAACUUGGCUCGCUACAUGCUAACCAUCAAAGUUUCAGACAGAGGUACCCCUCUUCAGAGCACCACAGUAAAAGUUAUUGUUAAUAUUUUAGAUGAAAAUGAUAAUGCUCCCAGGUUUUCUCAGAUAUUCAGUGCUCCAGUGCCUGAAAAUGCACCUCUGGGUUACACAGUUACACGAGUCACAACUUCAGAUGAAGACAUUGGUGUGAAUGCUAUCAGCAGGUUCUCCAUAAGGGAUACAAGUCUUCCAUUUAACAUAAAUCCCAGUACCGGGGACAUUACAAUCAGUCGACACCUAAACAGGGAAGAUAGAGACCGCUAUAGAAUCAGAGUUUCUGCACAUGAUUCUGGGUGGACUGUAAGCACAGAUGUGACUAUAUUUGUGACAGACGUCAAUGAUAAUGCCCCACGAUUCACAAAAACAUCCUAUUACUUAGAUUGUCCUGAGCUUACUGAGGUUGGAUUAAAAGUAACUCAGGUUUCAGCAAUAGAUCCCGAUGAAGGAUCUAAUGGCCAAGUUUUCUACUUCAUAAAAUCCCAGUCUGAGUUCUUCCGAAUUAAUGCUACCACAGGGGAGAUUUUCAAUAAGCAAUAUUUAAGGUAUCAAAAUUCCAGUGGUUCCAGCAACAUCAAUAUCAACAGGCACAGCUUCAUAGUUACUUCUUCAGACCGAGGCAGUCCUUCUUUGCUCAGUGAGACAACAGUCACAAUCAACAUAGUGGAUAGCAAUGACAAUGUACCACAGUUUCUUGCUAGUAAAUAUUUUACCCCUGUGACUAAAAAUGUAGCAGUUGGUACUAAAUUAAUUAAAGUUACUGCAGUUGAUGAUAAGGAUUUUGGACUGAAUUCUGAAGUUGAAUACUUUAUUUCUAAUGAAAAGAACACUGACAAAUUUAAGCUGGACAGCACUACAGGCUGGAUUUCUGUAGCAUCUUCACUCAUGACUGAAUUGAACCAAAACUUUCUGCUUACGGUAAAAGCAAAGGAUAAAGGCAAUCCUCCCCUCUCAUCUGAGGUUACUGUUCAGAUAGUUAUCACAGAGGAAAACUACCAUACACCUGAGUUCUCUCAAAGCCAUAUAAGUGUUACUAUCCCUGAGAGUCAUGUUGUUGGAGCAGUUGUCAGAACUGUUUCAGCAAGGGAUAGGGAUGCUGCUAUGAAUGGACUAAUCACAUAUAAUAUUUCUUCAGGAAAUGAGGCUGGUAUCUUUGCUAUUAAUACAUCUACAGGGGCAUUAACUCUAGCCAAACCCCUUGAUUAUGAGUUAUGCCAAAAUCAUGAGAUGAUUGUUAGUGCUACAGAUGGAGGAUGGGUAGCUAGAACAGGUUACUGCAGUGUCACGGUUAAUGUUAUUGAUGUGAAUGAUAAUUCUCCAAUAUUCAGCACAGAAGACUACUUCCCUAAUGUAUUAGAAAAUGCCCCAAGUGGGACAACUGUUAUCCGUCUAAAUGCAACUGAUGCCGAUUCUGGACCUAAUGCCAUGAUUGCAUAUGCAGUUCAGUCCUCAGAUAGUGAUCUCUUUGUCAUUGAUCCCAACACAGGAAUUAUCACCACCCAAGGGUUCUUAGACUAUGAAACAAAACAAAGUUAUCAUCUAACUGUGAAAGCUUUUAAUGUUCCAGAUGAAGAGCGAUGCAGUUUUGCUAGUGUCAACAUCCAAUUAGAAGGAACAAAUGAGUAUGUACCACGUUUUGUGUCCAAGCUUUACUAUUUUGAGAUCUCUGAAGCAGCUUCUAAAGGCAUGGUUGUGGGAGAAGUCUUUGCAAGUGACCGUGAUAUGGGAACCGAUGGAGAAGUCCACUAUGUUAUCUUUGGCAGUAGCAGAAAGAAAGGUUUCCAGAUUAAUGAGAAGAGUGGACAGAUUUAUGUUUCAGGUCCUCUUGACAGAGAAAAGGAAGAACGUAUCUCUUUGAAAGUUCUUGCAAAAAAUUUUGGGAGCAUUCGUGGUGCAGAUGUAGAUGAAGUAAUUGUAAAUAUCACCGUCUUAGAUGCUAAUGAUCCUCCAGUUUUUAGCCUACAGGUUUACAAUAUACAAAUCAGUGAAGGCGUUCCUCCAGGGACCCAUGUCACAUUUGUAAGUGCCUUUGAUUCAGAUUCCGUCCCAAGUUGGAGCAGGUUCUCCUAUUUUAUUGGUUCUGGGAAUGACAAUGGUGCCUUUUCUAUCAAUCCACAAACAGGACAGGUUACCGUCACUGCAGAAUUGGACAGAGAAACUUUACCUGUCUACAACCUGACUGUGUUAGCAAUUGAUUCAGGAACACCUUCAGCAACAGGAAGUGCCUCUUUAUUGGUAACACUGGAAGAUAUCAACGAUAAUGGACCUACCUUGUCCACCAGCCAGGGAGAAGUAAUGGAAAAUAAUCGUGCCGGAACUCUCGUGAUGACACUUCAGUCGUCAGAUCCUGAUCUCCCUCCAAAUCAAGGCCCCUUUACCUACUACUUGCUUAGCACUGGCCCUGCAACCAGUUAUUUUAGUCUUAACACUGCAGGAAUUUUGACCACAACUAGGGAAAUUGACAGAGAGCAAAUAGGCGACUUCUACUUGUCAGUGAUUACCAGAGACUCUGGCAUUCCUCAGAUGUCUUCCACAGGAACUGUACAAAUAAAGGUAAUAGACCAAAAUGACAAUCCAUCGCAACCUAGAACAGUAGAGAUCUUUGUUCAUUAUUAUGGCAACCUAUUCCCAGGUGGAAUUUUAGGCAGUGUGAAACCCCAGGAUCCAGAUGUUUUAGACAGCUUCCGCUGUUCCCUCACUUCAGGAGUUACAAGCCUCUUUAAUAUUCCAGGGGGCACUUGUGACCUGAAUUCCCAGGCAAGGUCCACAGAUGGAGCAUUUGACCUGACAGUUCUUAGCAAUGAUGGGUUACACAAUGCAGUUACUAGCAGUGUUCGAGUUUUCUUUGCAGGGUUCAGUAAUACCACAAUUGAAAGCAGCAUCCUUCUUCGCCUUAGCGUGCAAACUGUGAGAGAUUUUUUGACCAAUCACUACCUUCACUUCCUGCGUAUUGCCAGUUCACAGUUACCCGGAUUAGGAACUGCUGUGCAGCUCUAUGGGGUUUAUGAAGAGAGUAACAGAACCUUCCUGAUGGCAGCUGUGAAACGGAACAACAAUCAGUAUGUGAAUCCCAGUGGCGUGGCUACCUUCUUUGAGAGCAUCAAAGAAAUCCUUUUCCGUCAGAGUGGAGUACGGAUAGAGUCUGUGGAUCAUGAUUCAUGUGUUCAAAGUCCAUGUCAAAAUGGAGGAAGCUGCUUGAGAAGGCUGGCUGUGAAACCUGUUUUAAAGAGCCACGAGAGUAUCCCAGUAAUCAUCAUGGCAAAUGAACCUCUGCAGCCCUUCGUGUGCAGGUGCAUGCCAGGGUACGAUGGUAAUUUGUGUGAAACUGACAUUGACGAAUGUCUCCCAUCCCCUUGCCACAAUGAUGGGACUUGCCACAACUUAGUGGGAGGAUUCUCAUGCAAUUGUCCAGAUGGUUUUACCGGAAUGGCCUGUGAGAGAGACAUCAAUGAGUGCCUGUCCAGCCCUUGUAAAAAUGGCGCUGUCUGCCAGAACUUCCCAGGAAGCUUCAACUGUGUUUGUAAAACUGGAUAUACAGGGAAAACAUGUGAAUCUGCUGUCAAUUACUGUGAAUGCAACCCCUGUUUCAAUGGAGGAUCCUGUCAAAGUGGAGUGGAAGGAUAUUAUUGCCACUGUCCAUUUGGUGUCUUUGGAAAUCAUUGUGAAUUGAAUAGUUAUGGAUUUGAAGAGUUGUCCUAUAUGGAGUUUCCCAGUAUGGAUCCAAACAACAAUUAUAUUUAUAUAAAGUUUGCAACCAUCAAAACUAAUGCCUUAAUGCUGUAUAACUAUGACAACCAGACUGGAGAACGGGCAGAAUUCCUGGCUCUGGAAAUAACAGAAGAAAGGCUGAGAUUCUCCUACAACCUUGGCAGUGGCACGUAUAAACUUACCACAACGAAGAAAGUGUCUGAUGGCCAGUUUCACACUGUUAUUGCCCGGAGGGCUGGAAUGGCAGCAUCCUUGACGGUAGACUCCUGUUCUGAGGAUCAGGAACCAGGCUAUUGUACUGUUAGUAAUAUGGCUGUUUCCACUGACUGGACUCUCGAUGUACAACCAAAUCGAGUAACUGUUGGUGGCAUUAGAUCUCUAGAGCCAAUACUUCAAAGGAGAGGACAGGUGGAAAGUCAUGAUUUUGUGGGUUGUAUAAUGGAGUUUGCAGUCAAUGGACGUCCUCUGGAACCCAGCCAGGCUUUGGCAGCUCAAGGAAUCUUAGAUCGAUGCCCUAGAUUAGAAGGAGCUUGUGCAAUUAGCCCUUGCCAACACGGUGGCACCUGUGUUGAUUACUGGUCAUGGCAGCAAUGUCAUUGCAAAGAUGGAUUGACUGGGAAACACUGUGAAAAAUAUAUUACUGCCGAUACUGCCUUAUCAUUAGAAGGCAAAGGACGCCUUGACUACCACAUGAGCCGGAAUAAGAAACGAGAGUACAUGAUGAAAUAUGGCACUACGGGUGCGAUUUCGGAGACCCUGAGUGUGAACCAUUUGGAAGUGAAAUUCAGGACAAGGAGCGAGAAUGGAAUUUUAAUUCAUAUCCAGGAAAGCAGCAAUUACACUACUGUGAAGAUAAAGAGUGGCAAGGUGCAUUACACAUCUGAUGCUGGAGUUGCUGGGAAAGUGGAGAGGAAUAUUCCUGAAGUUUACACUGCAGAUGGUCAAUGGCAUUCCCUCCUUAUUGAAAAGAAUGGAUCUGCCACUGUUCUAUCUAUUGACAAGACCUACAGCAGAGAGAUUCUCCAUGUCACACAAGACUUUGGAGGACUUAAUGUUCUUACAGUUUCUUUGGGAGGAAUCCCACCAAGCCACACUCCCAGAAGCACAGAGACAGGUUUUGAUGGCUGUUUUGCCUAUGUGAAGUACCGUGGAGAAAGCCUUCCUUUCAGUGGAAAGCACAGCAUUGCUACCAUAUCCAAAACGGACCCCUUUGUGAAGAUUGGCUGCCGAGGUCCCAACAUUUGUGCCAGCAAUCCCUGCUGGGGUGAAUUAAUGUGCAUUAACCAGUGGUAUGCAUAUAAAUGUGUCCCUCCAGGAGCCUGUGCCUCCAACCCUUGCCAGAAUGGUGGCAGCUGUGAACCUGUUGCGCAUUCUGGAUUUACCUGCAGCUGUCCUGAAUCAUACACAGGAAGAACAUGUGAGACGGUAGUGGCUUGUCUUGGUAUCCUGUGUGCCCAGGGACAUGUGUGCAAGGGUGGAAUCAAUGGAGGACACAUAUGCGUCCCUCACCCUCACCAAGCCGAGCUCUCUCUGCCACUGUGGGCUGUUCCUGCUAUUGUUGGCAGUUGUGCUACAGUUCUUGCCCUGCUUGUCCUUAGCCUGAUCCUCUGUAAUCAGUGCAGGGGAAAAAAGUCAAAAGUGCCAAAGGAGGAGAGGAAAACGAAGGAAAAGAAGAAAAAAGGGAGUGAGAAUGUUGCAUUUGAUGAUCCUGACAACAUUCCGCCCUAUGGCGAUGACAUGACUGUCAGGAAGCAGCCUGAAGGGAACCCUAAACCUGAUAUAAUUGAAAGAGAAAACCCUUACCUCAUCUAUGAUGAGACAGACAUACCCCAUAAUACAGAGACUAUACCCAGUGCCCCUCUGGCUUCCCCUGAACCUGAGAUAGAGCACUAUGACAUUGAAAAUGCAAGCAGCAUUGCUCCUUCAGACGCAGACAUCAUUCAGCACUACAAGCAGUUCCGGAGUCACACGCCCAAAUUCUCUAUCCAGAGGCAUAGCCCACUAGGCUUUGCCAGGCAGUCCCCAAUGCCACUGGGAGCAAGCAGCUUGACUUAUCAACCUUCAUACAGUCAGGGACUAAGGACAACUUCCUUAAGCCACUCUGCAUGCCCUACUCCCAACCCUUUGUCUCGUCACAGCCCCGCUCCAUUCUCCAAGUCAUCAGCUUUCUACAGAAACAGUCCAGCAAGGGAACUUCAUCUGUCAAUAAGAGAAGGGAGUCCUUUGGAGAUGCACAAUGAUGUCUGCCAGCCUGGCAUUUUUAACUAUGCCACUAGACUAGGGAGAAGAAGUAAGAGUCCGCAGACCAUGGCAACUCAUGGUUCCAGACCAGGAAGUCGCCUAAAGCAACCAAUAGGACAGAUUCCUCUGGAGACUGCUCCUCCUGUAGGACUCUCUAUUGAAGAGGUGGAGAGACUUAACACUCCUCGCCCUAGAAAUCCAAGCAUCUGUAGUGCUGAUCACGGAAGGUCUUCUUCAGAGGAGGACUGCAGAAGGCCACUGUCAAGAACAAGGAAUCCAGCUGAUGGUAUUCCAGCUCCAGAAUCAUCAUCUGAUAGUGACUCCCAUGAGUCUUUCACUUGCUCAGAAAUGGAGUAUGAUAGAGACAAGCCUAUGGUAUACACAUCCAGAAUGCCCAAAUUAUCUCAAGUCAAUGAGUCAGAUGCAGAUGAUGAAGACAAUUAUGGUGCUAGGCUGAAGCCUAGGAGGUACCCUGGCCGGAGAGCUGAGGGUGGGCCUGUGGGUGCACAAGCAACAACAUCUAAUAUUGCUGAGAACACAUUGCCCAUAAAGCUUGGACAGCAAACUGGAAAUUUCAACUGGGACAACCUUUUGAACUGGGGUCCAGGCUUUGGACAUUAUGUAGAUGUUUUUAAAGAUUUAGCAUCACUCCCAGAAAAAGCAGCAGCAGCAGCAAACACAAAUGAAGAAAGCAAAGGUGGUACAACAAAGCCCGUUUCCAGAGAUGGGGAAGCAGAACAAUAUGUAUAG